AGAAGUCGUAUACCGUGCAGUAUAGCGAUAACGACGAGGCGAGUUUGGUGAGGAUGGACGAUCUGGAUUCGGGUGGGAAGAGUAGGGGGUUUGCCUAGCCGAGGAGGGAGGGAAUGUGACCCUGGCACUACCCCUGUCCGAAGACCGUCCUCGGGCCGCCGAGUUUAGAAACCCCGUGACGCGUCACGCACCCGCACCGAAGCACAUUACGUAAUCAAUCGCUUGCCACUGACUUCCGCAAUCGUGAUUACUCAUACUCAGUCACGCCCUGAUGUGCCUCCCAGUACCGUACCGUAUGUCUACCACGUUCCCAACCUCUCCAUCAACUUCUGAACGCCACCAUGGUCCCCUCUCACCAGGCUCAACUGGCCAGCGUCGCCGCAGUCAAAGAGGAACUGGCCCGUACAAUCCUCCUCGACAUCUGCACACAAGACACCAUAUCGCUGACGCGCGCCUACGAAGCCCUCAUCCUGAGGGAAAGCCAAGGCAUCAAGCCCGAAACCCCGAUGGAGUGGAAAGUCUGCACAAAUUGCAGCAAAAUAUUCCACGACGACUAUAAUACAGACACAGCCUGCCACUAUCAUAUGGGGGAAAUGGAACCCGAUGAUGACUUUGAUGUCUGGGCUGAUACGGACGAGAGAAUACACGGCCCCAUUGCCUCCGAGGAAAACAAGGAGGAGUUCCCCGAGGGCUUCAUUUGGGAUUGUUGCGACAAACUCGGCACCGAUCCGGGAUGCCAGACCUCGCGUCACGAGUCCCCCGAGGAGACGCUGGCGAAGGAGGCUGAGGAGAGUCGGCCCACUUCAGCUUCCCGUACCGGAACCGGCGCGGCGGAGGUGGCGUCCCUCGAGGUUGGAAGUGACGCCCAGCCCGUGAAGAGGCAAAGGACCGAGUAGUCCUUUUGUGUGGGUAAGACAUUGUGAUGAGAGCAGUCUGGACAGAGACAACAGAGACAUGGCAUACCGAAAGGAGGCCGACAGACGACAGACCCCCACGUAAAGUGCAGCGAUGCCAAUAUUAAUGAUACAGGGAAUACAGACAGUCUGACCAUCCUAGAAUCAGCCGAGGUCGUCGCUUACAAGUUAUACCCCCGC